AUGACAACUAUCAAGGCGCUUGCAAGGCGUCAGAACAGCAAGCGCGAGACUUGGGCUGCCGACUUUGUCGUCGGUAAAGGAUCAGGACAGAUUAUACUUCUGCACGGACCGCUUCUCUCGCUCCCCGUCGCCGAUAUUGGCACAGUCGAGACUCGAGUUGAGCGGGAGCUUCUUAAGUGGUUCUCUCUAGCUGAGGCAUGGAACGCAGUCUUGCUGGUCGACGAGGCAGACAUCUUUUUGGAGCGCAGACAGAAUCGAGACCUUGCUCGAAAUGGUCUGGUUUCAGCCUUCCUCCGACGCAUGGAAUACUUCAAAGGUCUCCUCUUCCUCACGACCAACCGCGUCGGGCAAAUCGAUGAUGCGUUUAUAUCGCGUGUGCACGUGGCCAUCGGCUAUGAAGCUCUGUCCCCUGACAGCCGGGCCAAAAUCUGGCAGGGCUUCUUCCGCAAGCUAGCCAAGGAGAAAGCCGGCAAGAUCCAGAUCUCAACCGGCGCGAAGAAAUGGGUGCUUGACCGCGCAGCCUCGGGCGAGUCGCAGAUGAACGGGCGUGAUAUCCGCAACGCGCUGCAGACGGCGAUCACGCUUGCGGAGGCGGAGCACGAAGAGGAUCCGGACUUUGACGCGGAGAAGAUGACGGUCAUUGUGGGACAGUCACAUUUCCAGAGGGUGCUGGACAUUACGAAUAAAUUUCAUUCAUAUGUGUAUGUGCAGAGCAUCCGACGGGAGGACGAGAGAAAGAGGGCUGCUGCGCGACAAGAUCGAAAUGACUAUUGGCAUAUGGAGAGCCAGGCCGAUCCAUAGCUGUUGGAGUACAAGAGUGGUCCUGCGAUGGAUGGUCCGGCAGAAGGCAAUUCGGUCUUCAAUUAUCGCGUCCUAGCCUAGUUAUUUUCUGCAUCCAUCUAUUCAGGUCCCGCGACGCAAUUGUCAAAGUACUCGCGAACAUGCAGACCCCCGUGAAAAUAAUGAUCCAGCGGUACGACGAUGUGCUCAGCGACGUCCCAUGGUGCUGUGUUACACUGCUUUGCCGGACCAACAAGCCGCCAAUAGGGCCGGCGAGGACAUUGCCCACGCCCUUGCCGAAGUUAAGCAGCGCAAAGACGACCGGGCCGGCAACGACGUC